CUCUGCUGCAGCUACCUUAUCUAGUUGCUGUGUACCACCAGCACCUGUAUUGUACCAACCCCGGGUUCACCUACGUAUUUGAAUCGGGAAGAUUUUCCACAAAUUCGCAACUUGCAACUUGUCACUUCUCAACAUCACCAUAAUAAUUGGCGCACACAAACCUGAGAGAAUAUCUCUCUCACCUUUAUACUUAUUAUUUGCAAACACGAAUUCUUGCGCAUUCUUUGUGCUUUGUGUAACUUCUUUGUUCCUUGCCAUCCUCAUCGUCGCCGGUCCCGCUGGUCCGCAAUAUCUCGCAUUGGCUUUUCCCAUAACUCAAUUCUCUUGAAGGGCGAUCAUAACAGCGAGCUUUUCUACUUGACACAUUCGCACACCGUUAACUCCUUCCCGACCUCGCUAAAUCGCAACCCUGGCUCUUCAACCCAAGGCCUUCGGCGAAGGCCCUGAAGCUGUGGCCAAAAUGGCCCAGCCAACAGUCCUCCAGCCCGUCGAGGAGUACGAUUAUGAGUCUCUGCCACCUAAUUUCUCUCUAGCCCAAAAUAUGGUCGCUGGCGCCUUCGCCGGUAUUGCCGAACACACGGUUAUGUACCCAAUUGACGCGAUCAAGACGCGAAUGCAGAUACUUAACUCAGCGGAGGCGAACGCAGUCUACAAAGGCAUGGUACAGAGUACCAUGCGCAUAGCAAGUGGAGAGGGUGUACUGAAGUUAUGGCGGGGGAUGUCAAGUGUUGUCGUCGGAGCUGGGCCUGCGCACGCAGUCUACUUUGCGACAUAUGAGGCUGUUAAGCAUCUUAUGGGUGGCAACCGAGCUGGUGUACACCAUCCACUGGCAGCAGCAACAAGUGGGGCUUGCGCAACCAUAGCCAGCGAUGCGCUUAUGAAUCCCUUUGACGUGAUCAAGCAACGUAUGCAGAUACAAAAUUCGAGCAAGAUGUACCGCUCCAUGAUGGACUGCGCCCGAUACGUCUACAGAACAGAAGGUUUAUCGGCCUUCUACGUCUCAUAUCCGACUACUUUAUCUAUGACUGUACCCUUUACGGCCCUCCAAUUCCUCGCAUACGAAUCUAUAUCUACGACAAUGAACCCUAGCAAGACGUACGAUCCGUUUACGCAUUGCAUGGCAGGCGCUGUUGCGGGUGGUUUCGCAGCAGCUCUAACUACACCAAUGGACGUGAUCAAAACUAUGCUACAAACCCGAGGUACAGCCUCCGACCCGGAGCUUAGGUCGGUGAAUGGAUUCAUGGCAGGCUGCAGGCUAUUGUACCAACGGGAGGGUCUACGCGGGUUCUUUAAAGGAGUUCGGCCGAGAGUAGUUACCACAAUGCCGAGCACAGCUAUCUGCUGGUCGGCUUACGAAGCUUCCAAGGCAUACUUCAUCCGUACCAACACGUCAUCAUCCGCGAUGGGUUGAGUCAGGCAACAAUCCAACAAUCCAGUUUUGUUUUCUUGAGGUAUCAGGGUAUCGUAUCCAUGAAAACUCCACAAAUCGGGCUCCCUUUAUUGCCGAUCCUCCCGCCAUCAGGAUAUCUCCGAGGUACAAGACCGAGCCCGAAGCUGCGAAGUCUUGUUAUCCCUAAAAUUUGUCUGACUUGGGCCACUUGGGCUGACGUGCCCUGUCGCACAAGAAAAAAACAUUAGCCUCAUUCUAUAGGCUCACCGAAUCCCCCGCAGGCGUCAUGUGAAAUGCAAUGAAGAUGAUUAGUUUCCUGGAUUACCUGUUAUCCAUUGGAGUUUUGCGUGGGGUCGUUUCCCGUGGACUUCCGAGAGUUUCCACCAUUUCCGGGCGACGACGCAAAAAGAUAUUUCACGAGCAAUCGGGAAUAAAAUUUCUAAAAACGGGUGGAGAGAGGGGAGGGC